ACCUGCAGGGAUCUCAGAGGGUUAUGCAGGCUCGGGCUGGGCUGUAAAAAUACCAUUGGCUGUUCCCUAGCACGUCCAAAGUGCAGCCCACAUGUCUUCCCUUUCUAUCCACUACACUGGUUACUCUGCUUAAAAGGAAGCCAGAAGAGUACUGCUUUCCUAGAGGAAGGAUGGAGAAUUCUGGGCAAGUCAAGAACCAAGGGAAGUUAACCCUGGUACUGGCGCUAGCGACACUGGUGGCAGCAUUUGGAUCAUCUUUCCAGUAUGGGUACAAUGUUGCUGUUGUUAACUCUCCAGCAGAGGUCAUGCAAAAUUUUUACAACACAACCUUCUUUAAAAGGAAUUCAGAAUAUUUGAGCAGCUCAUCCUUGACCCUGCUGUGGUCUGUCACUGUGUCCAUGUUUCCUCUAGGAGGUUUCCUGGGGUCACUCAUGGUUGCCCCAAUGGUAAACACUUGUGGAAGAAAAGGGACAUUGCUGAUCAACAACAUCUUUUCCAUUGUUCCUGCAAUUUUGAUGGGAUGCAGCAAAGUGGCAAAGUCCUUUGAGAUGAUCAUCUUAGCCCGAAUCAUGGUUGGAAUAUGUGCAGGACUGUCUUCCAAUGUUGUCCCCAUGUACUUGGGAGAGUUAUCCCCCAAGAACCUGAGAGGGGCCAUUGGUGUGGUCCCCCAGUUAUUCAUCACUGUUGGAAUCCUUAUAGCCCAAAUCUUUGGUCUUCGGAGUAUUCUCACAAGUGAAGAAGGAUGGCCAAUUCUUCUCGGUAUAACUGGUAUUCCUGCGGCUCUGCAGCUGCUUCUGCUGCCUUUCUUCCCAGAGAGUCCCCGGUACACCCUGAUUCAGAAGGGAAAUGAAGAAGGAGCACGAAAAGCCUUAAAGAAACUGAGAAACUCUGAUAAUGUUGAGGCAGAGAUGGAGGAGAUUCGUUUGGAGGAUGAGCUGGAGAAGGCAGCUGGCCAAGUGUCAGUGCUGAAUCUCUUUAGCACUAAGGCACUCAGGUGGCAACUCAUUUCCAUUAUUGCCUUGAUGGCUGGCCAACAGCUCUCAGGAGUCAAUGGGGUCUACUACUAUGCAGACAAAAUCUACGAGGAAGCAGGGGUGAAUGAAAAUGAUGUCCAAUAUGUCACAGCGGGGACAGGUGCAGUCAAUGUGGUGAUGACCUUGUCAGCUGUGUUCAUUGUGGAACGCUUAGGCAGGAGACUGCUCCUUCUGAUUGGCUUCAGUGUCUGCUGCCUGGCUUGCAUUGUGUUAACAGUAGCCCUUUCACUCCAGGACACCGUGACUGGGAUGCCUUAUGUCAGCAUUGCUUGUGUGAUCAGCUAUGUUGUGGGUCAUGCCAUUGGGCCUAGUCCUAUUCCUGCAUUGAUCAUCACUGAAAUCUUCCUCCAGUCAUCCCGACCAGCUGCAUUCAUGGUCGGAGGCACUGUCCACUGGCUUUCCAAUUUCAUUGUGGGACUAAUCUUUCCUUUCAUGCAGGUGGGUCUUGGUAACUACAGCUUCAUCAUCUUUGCUAUAAUAUGUCUCCUUACCACAAUUUAUACAUACCUCAUCGUCCCAGAGACCAAGGCUAAGACAUUUAUGGAAAUCAACCAGAUUUUUGCUAAGAUCAAUAAGGUGUCUGAAGUUCAACCAGAGAAAGAGGAACUUCAGGACUUCAAGCCUUCUGUUCCUCUGUAGGUGGGUAGGAGUGCCUGGCCUUCAGCAGCCUGCCCUUUUCAUUUUUCCAACUCAGAAUUGGGCCUAUCCAGAAACAGGAUGGGUCCUGAACAGACUCUGGCCUGACACCUCAGGCUCCUCUGGCAAACUGAGAACAUCCAUUGAAUUUUGGGGUGGAGAUUCUGAACAAAUCAAGAUCUUCUGGGUUAGUCACCAGCUGAGACUAAACCAGGACUCACAGCUGCUCCUCAGCCUGGCUGGGGCAGUAACUUCUUAUAUUAACUUUUAUACUGAAAACAAUCACCAUGGAAAAAGGAGAAGAGCAAAGUUUGGGGACCCUCAGAGGCCUUUGGACACCCUGGUAGAAUCGGUUUCCUCCUUCCUUCCACAUUCUGCCUUUGGAAACAUCAUUCUUAGAAAAUGUGAUGUUAAAAGCACAAACAUGUCAAAAUAAAUGGAUGGUUGUGAAUAAUUUAACUAA